UUUUUCCCUUCCCUCGAUAUCUGUAAUCGCUUCGAAUCCAUCCCUAUCCUAUCAUCUACCAUUUACUACCCCUCAUCAUCCAUCAUGGCCGCCCCCGCAGACGUCACUAUCAAGAACCUCAAUGGAGAGUGGACGAUGGAGAAAACCAUCUCUGACCCCUCCGACCCUAUUCUCGCGUUUCAAGGUGUUAGUUGGGUCACUCGCAAAGCUAUCUCAUACGCCACUGUCACCCUAAUUGUCAAGGAGUAUGCCGACUCGGAAGAUGCGAAGCUCAUGCACAUCGAUAUCGAUCAGGUCUUGACAGGAGGCAUCAAGGGUACUAGCGAGAAGCGCCACACCGAUUGGGUGGAGCGCGAGCACAAGGACCACAUUUUUGGCACCCUCAAGGGACGGUCGCGGCUGAUCCGCGGCUCCAAGGGCGAUGAUGGCAAAGUCCGCCCUGCCGUCGAUAUCAACACCAAGAUCGAUGACCCCAAAGUGAAGCAGUUCCUGCGAGGUGAGAUCCUCAUAGAUGGUAGCCCGAGCGAAGGUUUCCUCGUGGACAAUGUGGGUGAGGAAUAUGGUGAAGGCGAAGGUCUCUUCCUGCAGAGCUUCGUCGUUAACCAGGACGAUGGAGCCGGCUGGACCGCAGAACAGAUCUGGGGCUUUGAGACGAUCAACGGACAGCGUUACCACACUCGCCGUGUGGUUGUCGCCAAGGAUGGCGAGUACAAGAUGGCUCGUCUUGCUUAUACCUAUGUUAAGAGGCCGGAUGCGUAAACAUUGACCUCUUUACUAAGUCAUGUAUGAUAGCGCCAACGGAUAGGUAUUGACCAACUGAGGGUCAGGAGGUCUUGUUGUGUUGCUCGCUCUUGAGCUAUGAAUGUCACGUUAUGUGCAGCGGCCUUUGGUCAAACCCCCGAGCCUAUUGACCUAUUGUUAGUUAUAGAAUUGACUAUGUGUCCAUAGUCCCCUGCUUUGCAUCAAUGUAGUUUUCGGCUGUUGGGGUUUUGUCCAGACCGAUUUCAUAAGUUGCUUAAGUCUCGGGCACCUGGCGUACACACCAAAGGCAGGUGAAGAAAGAAAGAAUAGGCGCAGCUAUCUACGCAUAGAUAGAGAGUAAUUAAAUCGACCUUUGCCCCUAGGCCG